AUUCCCUUUGCACUAUCCUUCAUUUCCUGCUAACGGUGACACGAUGACCACGUGAUUUGGACGGCUGAAUAAAUAGCUUUUGAGAGCUAUGAAGAGGAAUAGUAUGAAGCUCACGCAGGAUACUUGCUCUGUGCCUGCGCGUAAAGAUAUUCAUACAAGAAUGCAACAGUAAAUGAACGACCUAAAAUACAAAUGCAUGAAAGAAAGAAAGACAAAUAAUUAAGCACCUAUGAAGACAGCUUGUAGUGAUCCUCAAGUAAAUAGCGUUACUGAUUUAUGACUUUUCCAUUCGAGUUUUGUUUUCCUGCGCUUGAAUUCAGAAGAGUUUCUUCCUCGGUUAAACGCACCAUAGCCCCAUACCAACUGGUUGGAGUGGCGUCUUGCUCUCUUCUAUAUUCCAGUAAUAUUUCUAUGCAGCUCGUCGAAGUAAACAGGAGUUCGCUGUGGUCCUCCGAGGAGCGGGAGAGUGCUAUACGCACGGACUGAGUACACCCAGCGUGGGAGCUGAAAAGACUCCGUAAGGAACGAGAGGGAGGACGAGAACCAGUCUCGCCAAGGAUGACUCUAGGGACGGAUAUGUCCGACAACUCUGCUUUGUCUGAUGAUGUGGACAUAGAUGUGGUUGGGGGAGACAUCUCCGUUGGCAAGGAUGGGAAAUACCUUCAUCGCGAUUUCCUGGACAAUGACUCGGACGAUAAUUUGUCUCAGAACGCGGGGGAGAGGGGUUCCUCCCCAGGCCUCAGCAGCUCUGAGUGUCCGGCUGACCAGGUUGGAGUUGGUGGAGAUUCAGGGGCCAUGAUAGGAGAUAAGCCUGGUAAGAACGCUCUAGUCAAGCCCCCGUACUCCUACAUAGCCCUAAUAACCAUGUCUAUCCUCCAGAGUCCCAAGAAACGCCUCACUCUUAGCGAGAUCUGCGAGUUCAUCAGCAACAGGUUCCCGUACUAUCGGGAGAAAUUCCCCGCUUGGCAAAACUCCAUUCGUCACAAUCUUUCUCUCAAUGACUGCUUUGUCAAAAUCCCACGUGAGCCUGGCAACCCUGGAAAAGGCAACUACUGGACCCUCGACCCGGAGUCCGCCGACAUGUUCGACAACGGGAGUUUUUUACGCAGGAGGAAGCGCUUCAAGAGGCACCAAGCCAACGAAAUCCUCAGGGACGCCGGGGGAUUCCUGCCCGGGUUCGGAUACGGCCCUUAUGGGUACAACUAUGGACUCCAGCUGCAGAACUUCCAUGCCCAUAACCCCUAUCAUCCUCACCUCACAGCAGGCGCUUUCCCUUUCCAUAAUACACCUUGUGGACUCCCCUCGCCAGCCUCAAUAUUCCCCACGCCACAUCCCUUGCCCUCUCUAUUAGGGGCUGAUUUACGAAAGCCAUUCUACCCUCAACUAAGCCCUACCUUGCCCGGCCUGGCGCCUCUCAAGACGGACACUAACACGCCAACUAGGCCCUCUUUCUCUAUAGACAAUAUAAUCGGUGCAGCUAACUCCGUGGCCUCCCCGUACAGCGCACAGUCGGGCAGCCACUGUCACAGUCAGGCUCAGAUCCUGGCCAUGUUGAACCCUGCACUCACCUCAGCUUCGAACCACUUGAACCUCUCGCAGGAAACCAUGCUCCAGCCUGGCUCACAGACAUUCUCCAGCAAAACUACAAAUCUUAACAUUUGUCAUUUCUAAACUGGCAGCAAAAACAAAACUCGCAGAAAUCCUACCCAUUAUGGUUCUGUCGUCUUAUGUGAAGGUAGGAUAAACGUUAUUUGAGAAGUAAGAGUGUUGCUCUACCCCUUAUGUUUCUGAUCGGAGAGGAAAGUGAAAUGUAUAUUUAUGUUUGUAAAUGUGUAUAGGAUACAAUAAAUGGAAGAAGCAUGAUAGUAAGAAAGCAAAUUGGAAGCCAACAUUAGGUGUAUUCGUUGGCCUACAUUGGCCUAGGCCCUCAACUAUCUGAGCAAAGAUCCAGCUAUUUUAACACAAGUUAAAUGUCACGUAUCUCACUCUGUGGGGAAUAUUUAAUUGUUUCUUAACUAUAAUUGAGAUUUUUAUUAUGAUUUGUAUUGUUUUAUAUAUAUAUAUAUAUAUAUAUAUAUAUAUAUAUAUAUAUAUAUAUAUAUAUAUAUAUAUAUAUAUAUAAUUGUGCGUUGUGAGAUAAAGCACUGUUAAUACCGAGACCGCAAACUCAGGUUUUAAUUGUUAGAAAGCACAUUGAGACAAGGAGGGUUAUUAAAUACAAAUCUAACCUUUCCCACUGCCCCUCGUUCUCUUAACAGCGGUGUUGUGGUGACUUUGUAUGGAAAUUAUUUAAUGUUGUCAGUGGACAGAUAUGUGGUUUUGGUGUAAAGCGCAUUACCUCACAUCCUGUUAAACUGUUGUGCUUUAGUUCCUAUCUAUUUCAUUGAAAUUAAAAUAUCAAACGUAUGUUAUGUGUAUAGACAGAGACACUUAAUGUUCAUAGAUCAUUUUUUGUUGUAAUG